UGUGCGGUUGCCAUGUAAUAUCCUGGCCGCGCGGGCGCGCGGGGCUGAGGCGGCGUCGGGGCGGGCUCGGGAGCUGGCGAGCGGGUGGCGGAGGCGGUGCCGACGGAGGCCGCUGAGGUGCGCGGGGGGUCGGCGGCGCCCGGGAGACUGUCGCUUGCGCGGUCCCUGCGGUUCUCUCGGUCCGGACGGGAGGCCCGACGGCGCGAGGCAGCAUGUCGGUGGCGGGGCUGAAGAAGCAGUUCUACAAGGCGAGCCAGCUGGUCAGCGAGAAGGUCGGAGGAGCUGAGGGGACCAAGCUGGACGAUGACUUCAAAGAGAUGGAGAAGAAAGUGGAUGUCACCAGCAAGGCGGUGACAGAAGUGCUGACUAGAACCAUCGAGUACCUGCAGCCCAACCCAGCUUCGAGGGCCAAGCUGACCAUGCUCAACACCGUGUCCAAGAUCCGGGGCCAGGUGAAGAGCCCCGGCUACCCGCAGCCCGAGGGCCUCCUGGGCGAGUGCAUGAUCCGCCACGGCAAGGAGCUGGGCGGCGAGUCCAACUUCGGCGACGCCCUGCUGGACGCCGGGGAGUCCAUGAAGCGCCUGGCGGAGGUGAAGGACUCGCUGGACAUAGAGGUCAAGCAGAACUUCAUCGACCCCCUGCAGAACUUGUGCGAGAAGGACCUGAAGGAGAUCCAGCACCACCUGAAGAAGCUGGAGGGCCGCCGCCUGGACUUCGACUACAAGAAGAAGCGGCAGGGCAGGAUCCCCGACGAGGAGCUGCGCCAGGCCCUGGAGAAGUUCGAGGAGUCCAAGGAGGUGGCGGAGACCAGCAUGCACAACCUGCUGGAGACCGAUAUCGAGCAGGUGAGCCAGCUCUCGGCCCUGGUGGACGCCCAGCUGGACUACCACCGCCAGGCCGUGCAGAUCCUCGACGAGCUGGCCGACAAGCUCAAGCGCAGGAUGCGUGACACUUCCUCACGCCCCAAGCGAGAAUACAAGCCCAAGCCCCGGGAGCCCUUCGACCUCGGAGAGCCGGAGCAGUCCAACGGGGGCUUCCCCUGCGCCACAGCCCCCAAGAUCACAGCUUCUUCAUCUUUCCGAUCUUCCGACAAGCCCAUCCGGACCCCCAGCAGGAGUAUGCCACCCCUGGACCAGCCGAGCUGCAAGGCGCUGUACGACUUCGAGCCAGAGAAUGACGGGGAGCUGGGCUUCCGCGAGGGCGACGUCAUCACGCUGACCAACCAGAUUGACGAGAACUGGUACGAGGGCAUGCUGGACGGCCAGUCGGGCUUCUUCCCCCUCAGCUACGUGGAGGUGCUGGUGCCCCUGCCUCAGUGACCUGCCGGCAUCCCCGCCCCGGCCGCCUGCGUUCCAUGUGCCCCUGCGGGGGCUCCGGGCCCCUCGGUACUCCCUGAGCAGGGCCCGGCACCCGGGGCGGGCCCCUGUUUACACUAGCGCUUGCCCCGUGUGGGGCGGCGGCUCCCCUCCCCAGUGGGCGGCUGUCCUUCCUGCUCACACUAAGGUGCUCUUAGAAACACUAACGUUCCUGGGGCGGACCCUCCCCACGCCUCCGUCCUGCCGGCCCUGGGGCCCGGCCCCCAGCCCGUUGCUGGCGAUGGGCCUCGGCCCCCACGCUGGGGCGCCCCCAGCCUUGCACACAUGCCACCGAGCCCCCAGGGUGAGGGCCUCGCCACUCCCCCAGCCAGCUGUCAGCUUGCAGCCGGGGACCCCAGGGGCUGCCCUGCCCGAGGACACGACCUCUCCCAGGAGCCUCGGUGCCCCACCCGCCCCCACAAGGCCGAGUACCUUUCCAGCUUUUCAGCUGCCGCAGCCAGGCACAGGGAGGUGUGUCUCACCCCCUGGCACGAGAUGUCACCACCAGCUGCACCCACACGCCCCCAACACCUCUUACACAGGACCACAGGGACCCCAACCUUAGACUCAAGCACAAAGGCCCUGCUGAGAGAACGUUCCUGGGCCCCUUCCUGAGCCUGCGCCCUGCGGGAAGCGUCCCGGCCAUCUCCUCUCCACCAAGGCACAGCCCUGGGUCCCCGAGACCCUGCCCAGCCCUGGCACCCGCUCCCCUGCGGCCUAACCCGAGAACUGGCUAAACUAGGGUCGGGGGCCUCUGGGCUGGCCGUGUUCACAUUCCCCCCCGUGUCCCCUCCUCACCAUUACUUCGGGGGACGCAGAUGCCUCAGCUGAGAUGACCAGUAUAGCCUUGGCCAUGGUCUGAGGCGAUCCAAAUGUACUCCUGAUUUUUUAAGAAAAGAAGUAUUAAAUGUCUCUUUCUACA